AUGGCGGGAUGUAAUGCUGCUUACAAGCCCUCAUCAUGCUGGUCUCUGCGCUCGUCGACGCUGAUGUCGGUUCUUGAUUCAAUGUCUGCAAUACUGUGCUUGACAGUAUUUUGGUUUGUAGGGUACAUAUAUCUCUCAAUUGAGAGCAAGGCUCCGCAGUACGAAAAGUGGAGUCUUUUAGCUUUAUUUAAGGGAAGACAGGAGCGCAGGGGAAAGGGUCUACUUGUUGAUAUAUAUUUUAUGUUUGGGUUGUCAGGACGGUGUGGAGGCGCGGGCAUGUAUGGCCGCAGAAGUGGCAAAGGAUCAGGUGAUUCCUGGCUACAAUGA